AUGGAAGCGUUCACUAAGCAUGAAGAAAAGUUCAGGGAAGAUGUAGACAAGGUGAAGCGGUGGAGAGAUGCUUUAAAAGAAGUUGCCAAUCUCUCUGGGUGUGAAAGAGAGCUUAUCAAAGUCAUUGUCGAACGUGUGUGGACCAAAGUUACUCCAUUUUGGUUGUUAGAUUCUCAAGAGAAGUUAGUCGGAAUUGAUUUUGCCCUAGAGCAAUUACGUUUGCAAUUAGACCUCAAGGCAAAUGACGUUCGAUUUAUAGGGAUAUGGGGGAUGGGUGGGUUAGGCAAAACAACCCUUGCUAACCUAGUUUUUGAAAGAAUUUCCCAUAAUUUUGAACUUAGCUCGUUUCUAUCUAAUGUGAGAGAGGUUUCUGCAAAACAUGGUACUCUAGUUGAUCUACAAAGACAACUUCUUUCCCCAAUCUUAAAGGAAAAUAUUAUCCAAGUUAUGGAUGAACGGUCAGGAAUCUCUCUCACUAGAAAAUGUUUAUGCAAUGAAAAGGUCCUUAUUGUCCUUGAUGAUGUAGAUCAAUUAAAACAACUUGAAACACUGGUUGGAGAGAAAAAUUGGUUUGGUUUGGGGAGUAGAAUUGUCAUCACAACUAGAAAUGAACGUCUACUAGUUGAAAAUGGUAUAACGAUAGCAUAUGAGGUCAAGGUAUUAAAUGAUGAUGAAGCUCUUCAGCUCUUCAGUCAAAAGGCCUUUAAGAAAAGUCAGCCUGAGGAAGGUUUCUUGGAAUUGUCUAAGUGUUUCCUACAAUAUGCCAAAGGACUUCCAUUAGCCCUUAAAACUUUGGGGAGUUCUUUGUAUAGGAGAGAUCAAGAUACAUGGAAUAGUGUGUUGUGUAAUCUAAAGAAAAUUCAUGAUCCAGAAGUUUUUGAUUCACUCAAAGUAAGUUAUUACGGACUACAAGAGAUGGAGAAGAAAUUUUUUCUCCAUGUUGCAUGUUUCCAUAAAGGGAAGUAUAAAGAGGAAAUUCUUGUUGAGAAAUCUCUCUUAACUAUUGAGAAAAUCCACACUCGUUUUGACACUAUUGAGAUGCAUGAUUUGAUACAAGAAAUGGCAUGGGAAAUUGUUCGUCAAGAGUCUAUCCAAGAGCCUGGUCUACGCAGUUGUUUGUGGCUUUGUGAUGAUAUCUCUCAUGUAAUCAUGAACAAUACGCGAACCGAAGCAAUUGAAGCAAUCGGCUUGCAUUUGCCAAAAUUAGAAGAGGUGCAUUGGAAUUGUGCUGAAGCCUUCUCUAAGAUGCACGGAUUAAGGCUUCUUGAAUUUGAUAAUGUGAUCAUGAGUCACAGCAAACUUUGCCAGCUUUGGGAUGGAGCAAAGGUCUUGCCAAACUUGAAAUGUAUGGACCUUUGUUUCUCUGAUCAAUUGACAAGUACCCCAGACUUCACAGGCACUCCAAAUCUUGAGAAUUUGUGGCUACAACGUUGUAUGAAACUAGUUGAGCGGACUGCUAUUGAGGAAAUACCUUCAUCAAUUGAACGCUUUGUCGGCCUUGUUAGACUGGAUAUAAAUAAUUGUGAAAGUCUCUUGCGUCUACCGAAUGGUAUAUGCAAUUUGAAGUGUCUUGCAAAGCUGGGUAUGGAGGGAUGCAGAAAAAUUGACAAAAUGCCAGGGCAGAUGGAGUGUUUAGAGCAGCAUGAUUUAAGAAUAAUUGCUAUGAGAGAGCCGCUUGUUGCUAAAUCAUCAACUCCAAAGGAUGGCUUACUUAGAAAGAGUCAUCCUGACCUUGACCUAGAGGUGUCAAACGGGUCGUGCCGUGCCGGCCCAUCCCAUUUAAACUCGUGCUUUUAA